AUGUGUCCUAAGCUAUCUAACACCCCUGACCAGGAAUGGAAGAGUGGGUCGCCUCUCUUUGAAGGCUUUCGCAAGUAUGAUCCUGAACUGGACCAGAAAACGGAAGUGAAAUUGGAUGAGUUUCCCCUUCGGUUUUGUCAUGUGACCCAAGACACCUCAAAGAAGGGUACUGACCAGUUUACAUUCAGUUUGCCUCAUUCUGUGCGUGUGCUCUACAUGAACGACCCUCUCAGAGCUGAAGAAUGGAAAAAGCUCAUCUCAGACUUCGAUGAUAAGUUUCACAUCGGCAAGGUGGAGCAAAGCAUCGUUCCUGUUCCUACGGAACCAGAGCGGGCGGUGGAGCCCUGGCGGAAUGAGCCCAAGGACUUGAAUGAGCUCUUGGAGAACUACAUCAUCGAAAACAAGUUCCCAUCGUCAAUAGCAGGCGGUAUGCUCUACUUGACAAGGUCUGAGACUCGUUCAGGAGAGAAGAUCGAUCUCAUCGAUGACCAGAAGAGCAAACUAUUUUUUGAUCCUUGUCUGCGCAUCAGUUGGGGCUCAGUUGCCCACAUGGACAUCUCCCUGGGUGAGAACGAGAGCGUGAUCUCGCAUGGAAAGUCCAAGUGGCUGAACCAUGACAAGAUGGCCAAGUUCCUACGCGAAGGUUUGCUUCCUUCUGGCUUUGCUUGCUCUAAUCUCUACUGCAUUCUCAUUUGUGCUGCCUGCUGCCACCAGGACAUCGAUCAGCUUUUGAACAACAGCCCUGAGAACCUUGUGACUCCACCUACGCGAGAGAUUCCCGGUCGUUCUAUGUCAAGGAACUCCGCAAGUUCGGCAUUGACUCCAACUGCUCCUCAAUCCUUGCCUUUGCAUUCCAGUUCAACGCGUGGCAAUCCGCCAUUGGAUGCUGAAGCCAAGAGAUCUUUGGCCAUAGACUUGGAAAAGGCCAGGGGCAAGUUGAAAGAAGACAAGAACGCCGCAAAGAGCGCAGUGAAAGCCAUGAGAGCAGGGUUGAGCAAACCAGGGAAGUCGGAUGGACUCAAAGACAAGGCUAAGGGUGGACGUGGACGUGGACGAGGGAAGGGCCGUGGCCGUGGCAGAAAGGCCGCAAAGGAGACAGAGGAGGAUGAGAUGGACCUCCAGGAAGAGGAGGAGGAGGAGCAGGAGGACGAAGAGAUGAACAAACUCCAAGAGAUGCUGGAGGGGAUCGAAAUGCAGACAGGUGGUCAAGACGUGGACUCGGAGCAGGAGGAGGAGGAGGAGGAUGAAGUGCUUGAGGAUGAGCCCAAGAAUGGGAAGGGGGCAUCUGGUCCGAAGAAAGCCACCAGAAAGAAGAAGGAGCUGACCUUAAAGGAAGUCGAAAAGCAGAAGAAAAUGCAGGAGAACAAGAAGAAGAGACAGGACAAGUUCAAGGAAUCUGUUCGCAAGAUCAAUGCAAAAGCUGCUGCUACAUCCAAGGAGUUGAAGAAAAAGUACAAUGAAACGCAGCAGAAGUCGAACAAAAGGGCAAGACCGGCAACCGCCAAGGGGGACGAGGACGCCAAUCAGGCUUCAGCUUCAAGUUCAGCUGCUGGCCUCAAGGAUGCGAUGCACAAGCACAUCAAGGAGGAGAGCGACAAGUUGAAGAAGCAGGGCAUGUCUGCUAAGGAGGCUCUUGCAGCGGCUCGCAAGUCGUGGCUGUCGAAUCCCAUUCGUGUGGAUGCCUUCAACAAGAUGUCCAAGAGUGAACGCGGCGACGACGAGACAGAGGAUGGGUUCCAGGUGAAACCAAAGGAGAAGAAGGUGCUCAUCAAGAGCCGUACUCUCUUCCGUGCGUGGAGGGUGGGAUACGUUGAGGCUGAGAACGAGAUAUCGCCUCGCAAACCGCUCUACUUUUGGCGGGACAACUACAAGGGCAUUCGUUUGUCCCAGAACACUUGCCUGAGAUUGCUCUAG